CUCUGGCCCUGCCUGGUUGGGGCCAGCUACGUCUCACAACAGCAACUUUCCAACGAUUUGCUGGGACUGUAGUCUUGGGAGCCUAUCUUCUUGCACGACUCAUCAUUCCCAAUUUGUAGCUGCGAGGCAGUCCACUUGGAUCGGAGGUGAGGCGGACUCAUUCCUCAGGAACCUGGUGCGUCGUGGGAGUACACGGAAGAUUGAAAGUGGCGAGCUGGCUGCUGGCUGUGCACCCAGAGACCCGGGCACCUCGGGCACAGAACUCGGAAAAAGCAAUGCAACGGACUUUCAACAUCGUAAAUCAGCGAGCUGUUUUAUGUCUCCCCUCUCGUUGUGAAAUGGGGACACUUCUUUUUCCCCUAUUAGAGAGAGAGCCUGUGUUCUGCAGUCGGAUCCCGGGCCCACAGCUCCGCCGCUGCCGCCAGCUGCACGCCCGCUGCACGCCCGACAUGGGUCAGAAGGAUUGGGAGAACUUGGCCCCAGCACGCUGGUAACCGGACAGAAGAGCAGGGGGGGCAAGAAGAGCGGGACCGGCUUCAAGUCUUCACCCUCUGCCGGCACUUUCAGGGGCAGCUUUGACGGGCUACAGUGCGCAGAGACCGUGAGCUGGUGAAGGGACGGGGACGGUGGGGUGGGGCGAAAGGAAGAGGUUUCAAGCUCAGUGCCGGUCUGGGGGCUGCGGGAGUGGAUGCCAGGGACGGGGUGACGCUUCGGGACGGGGAGGGGGCCGAUGGCUUUUUGGGUCCCCCGUGGCCUUUAGAUGGGGGGAGGACCUUGCCGUUGAUGGAAGUGAUGCUGUCGGGCCGCUCGCUCUACGGUGCCAGCUGCCUGCCCUCCGGCACAGGGGAGCUGGUGAGUCACCUCCCCCCACAGGGCAAUCCUGGCAGCAGACCUUGGGCACCCCUCCGCCCCACCAGGAGAGGCAUCCAGGCCAAUGGCUGCUGCUGGAGACGAGGCCCUCUCAGCCUGGCCGAGGACGGAGCUCGGCCCUUGAAGCUGGUCUCCCUUCCGGGCCGGCUCACCAGAGGGAGGGGCGAGGAAGAUGGCAGCGUCGGUCCCGGAAGGCCGGGACCGCCGGCUCGUGUCACAGCGCACGGAGAGGGCUGGUGUCCCACUCGCGGAGCUCCAACCACUGAGGAAGCAGAAGGGGGGUCUCCUCAUGGAGCUGGUCCUGACACAGAGGUAGGGGGUGGGCUCCUUGAUGGGGCUGAUUCUACCACAAAGAUAGAGGGUGGGUCCUGUCGUGGAGCUGGUCCCCUCGAAGAGGUGGACAACGGGCUCCACGGUGGAGCUGAUCCCCCCACAGAGGUGGACGGUGGGUUCUGUCACGGAGUUAGUCCCCUUGAAGAGGUGGAGGGUGGGUCCUGUCACAGAGCUGAUUCCCUUUCAGAGGCAGGGCAUGGCCUCAAUCCCGGACCUGUGGCACAAAGUGGUCGCUCGCACAGAGCUGGCUUUUCACUGGAGGCAAAUGGAGCUGGCCAGAUAGAGGAGAAAGAGCAUGGGCCCCAUGACAGAGGUGGUCCCAGGGUGGAGACAGGUGCUGAGCCCUACCACGGAGCCAGUACAGUCAGUGAAUGCUAUCAGAGAGCGGAGCUAAAUUGUGAGCCCCAUCACAGAGCAGGCCGGAGGGGAAGCUCACAAGAUAAUGAGGACUAUGUUGGCAAAGACGGCACAUCCACAGGCCUGACAGGACUCCAAGAACAGCAGUUCAUGCUUCGAGGUAUCGAGGACGGUGAUGAGCAAGCAACAGAAACGGCUUGCCUGUCGGAGACCCACCCAUACACAGCCCACAAGCACUGCAGUCCCGCUUCAGGCAGUGGCCCGCGUCCGACAGGCCUGUUUACCAUGACGACAGCUGGGAAGGACGGCCAGGCCCCUGGUGCCAUCCCCCAGCAGAGCGGGGAGCCCGAGGAGGCCGACGAUGACUUUGGGACGUUUGAGAAGGCGGGGAACCUGGUGCUCUGGGCCGAACCUGUCGGCCCCAUAUGGCUAGAAGAUGAGAGACUGUUUGGCCAGUGCGGAAACACAGCCGCCAAGAGCCAGGAGGCCGACAAGGACACGGACCACCAUCGAUCAUGGGGACCUUGGCCCAAGAAUCUCAGAGAGACUGCACAGCACCCAGCAAGCCUUCACGGGUCUUUGGACGGCGCGGUGGAAAGCUGGGAGAGCAGAAGCCCCCACCCCAGCCCCUCCCUCACCUCCAGAGGCAGCUGGGUGGCCUUCGACGGUGCCAGCCAGGGCGGCGGCUUUGACGCUUUCCCAGAGGGCGAGCGGGCGAUGGGGCAGCGUGGGGCCGGAGAGCAAUGGUGGUCUCCUCGUCCUCCAGUGGCAGCGGCUUCUGAACCUUCACCCGCCAGGGGUUACCUGCAGUCCGUGCUGCGCUCCUGUUUCCCCGCCGUCCCCUCCGCCAGCAGCUCCCAGGUCGCAUUCCCCACGCUGGAGCGGGUCCUGAGCGGUGCCGAGGAGCGAGGGGGCGAAGAACUCUCCAGCGGCCAGGCCCGCGAGCUCUGGGCGUUGCUGCAGGACAUGGACGAGGCGGUCGGCCUCAAACACAGAAGGGCAGGCUGUCAGAGCCACCGGCUGCUCCUGGCAUCUUUGCAAGUGGAUCCUGCAAACACAGAUCCGCCCGCGGGGCAGACGGCGGCACCGGGUUCUUCCCCUCAGUUCUCCCGGGAGAGGAGGGCCGAGCUGCAUCCUUCUGCGGUUGCCGUGGCCCCAGAUUCCAGGGAGUUAAUGUUGAUCAAGAACUCCUUCCCCCAGCACCAGACGAAUGGAUUCAGCCCAAGCCACAGGAUCCAGGCCUUCUUUUAUCACUGGGCACAGACCGAUAGGAGCGGGAGGUGCAAGACUCCGUAUGACGUCAACAAGAACUUCAUGGCCUAGAGGACGAGGGUUGGAGCUGUCUGAUCCUCUGUGGACUCUGACUUUUAAAGGCGUCUCCAAGCUUUGACACCCAGUAUCUGGAAGGGCUGACUGCCUCUGGGAAGACAGUGGGGACUGUUCGACCUUCUCAAAGGAAUAGAGCAAGAUUCUUGAAAUGGCCGACGGCAACAUAGUGUUUUCACCUGUGUUUCGGGUGCAACUCCGUCUGAGAGGAAGGAGCAGAAUUAGGCCAUUCGGCCCGUCAAAUCUUCUCUGUCCUUCGAUCGAGUGUUACUGCCCGUUACACCGCUGGCGUUUCGGGCAGCAAUGAAUGUCCUCCAUCUCUGGCAGUGUUCAGGGCUCCCUUCAUCAUGUCAGCAGCUCAGUUUUCACUACUGUCAGUCACGCAAGUCCCGGGUGGAGACUUGGGAAUACCGUCACACUCAGAUGUAGAAAGAGUCUUCAUUGCUGUUUCCAUAACAAUUUUGUUUGACCAGUUGGGGUUGUUAGCCCUGAGCUGAACCCCCGAACCCGGAGGACCGGUGGAAAUCUCUUAGUCUGACCUCUACCCUUUGAACUGUUUGGCAUAAAGCCUUGAUUCCAGCCUACAUCGCUCUCCGGGUCACUGAGGCACGCAAGCCUCCAAACCCUACCACAAGGUUGUGGGCCUCUUGGAGGUGCCCUUCAAUCAAGGCUGAUUUAAUAUCCCUCUUAACCCCAUUCUCCUGCCUUCUCCCCAUAAUCUUUGCCUGCCUUAUUAAUCAAGAAUCUCUGCUUUAAAUGUACCCAAUGACUUGGCCUCCACGGCAACGAAUUCCAUGGAUUCAUUACCCUCUGGCUGAAGAAAUUCCUCCUCACCUCUGUUCUAAGGGGACGUCCUUCUGUCCCGAGGCUGUGCCCUCUCCCACUAUUGGGAAGAUCCUCUCCACAUCCACUCUAAUGGGCCUUUGAAUAUUUGAUAGGUUUCAAUGCGAUUCCCCCUCAUCCUUCUAAACUCUAACGGGUACGUUUUCCCAGAAUCGUUCACCUCCAAGGCAGACCGGAGAAGCAGGGGUUGUUUUCUUUGAAGCAACGGCUGAGGACAAAUUUAGCAGAGGUGCAUAAGAUGCCGGGAUUGAGAAGAGUAUGUCGUAUGAUCUUAUGGUUGCGGGGAGAAGGUGGAAGAAUGGGUUUGAGAGGAAAAAUAAAUCAACCAUCAUCAGACUCGAUGGGCUGAAUGGCCUAAUUCUGCUCCUAUGCCUUACGGUCCCAUGGAAGCAACUUCCUUUGGCGUGUGAUUCAUGGACUGGGGAAGAAGCUGAAGAUAAACUCCAGGGCAGGGUUACCGUGAGGGAUAAAUUGUUUACGCGGAGGGUGGCUGUGAUCUGGAAGCCAUUGUCUGUGAGGCCGUUGGGAACUGAGUUAAUCAGAGUGGAAUGGGAAAGAAAUUGGAGGGAAUGGGAAAAGAAGGCAAAAUGGGAUUGACCUGCUACACUGCCUGGACUUGAUGGGCUGAAUGGCCUCCUUGCUGAAUGAUUAUCCAUCAGCGUGUGGGUCACAGGCCCCCGGCUCUGGCACAGGGCAAGGAGAAUGGAAUGGAGUUCCAUCCUGCAGAGGGAUUUGUGCAGGGCCCGUGUAGCCACGGCUGAGCCCUGGAGAGGGGGCCCCGUCUCAGCGCAGCGGGCAGUGGAUGGGCGGUUCCCUUCCUGACCUCCGGAAGUUCGGGCAAGUGGUUGGGCUGGAGGGGGAGGGGCAGUCUGAGCUGAGGGCACGUUGUCGCUGGUCGAAGAUCAUCCACUGAAAGGAGAGGUGGCCACAGGAAGGGAAGUGAAACGGAGGAAAAGUAACCCCCUCCUCCUCACCACAGACAAGCAGACUGUUCGCUGCUCCUGAAGACCCGGAGUAAAGCAACGAAGGUUGGCCGCGAACCAGAGAGAGCUGUGUGGCUGUGACUGAACGUGUUUGGAAGUGAAAGAUUAAUGGUAUAAGGUCCCAAUAUGGAGUGCUUGAAAAGUUCAAAGUUCAAAGUAAAAUUUACUAUCAGAGUACAAACAUGUCACCACAUACGACCCUGAGGUUCCUUUUUCUUUUUUCCCUGUGGGAUCUAACCCUGU